UAUGACUAUCAUUAUCAUUAUUUUAUUAUAUUACUAGAUGAUCCUAUUUGUCAAGUUCAAAAAAUUAAAAGAGAUGAAGAGGUUAAAAUAUAUCAUGGUUGGCAGCAUGGUACCAUAACCUUAUGCCGUAAGUUGAAAAAAAAAGAAGAGGAAGAUGUUAAAAUGUUUCAUGGCGACGUAGCCCCGACUGUUAAGGCCAGAUUCACAAAAAAAAGAAGAUUAUGAAACGUCAAAGUCCUAACCUGUUAACCUUAUUCAAAGGAAUUUGUUUACGAAAUUAACAGCACCCUCAAACUGUAAACAUGAGAAGAGGCAUCGGUUUGGGGGCCAUUAAAAAAAACAAACUAGAACAAGAAAGAUACAGGGACAAAGGAAAUGAAAUCCAGGAAUCGCAGUUCGAACAAAUGACCAAGCAAAUGGAAGUUUUCAAAACGAAUUUAGAGGAGUUCGCCUCCAAACACAAAAACGAGAUCCGAAAAAACCCCGAGUUUAGGAAACAGUUCCAGGAGAUGUGCGCGAGCAUAGGCGUAGACCCGUUAUCGUCCGGAAAGGGAUUCUGGUCUGUGCUGGGCAUCGGAGACUUUUACUACGAGCUGGCAGUUCAAAUCGUCGAAGUAUGUCUAGCCACGAAUGCCAAAAAUGGUGGCCUCAUAGGUCUUGACGAACUGAGAACGAAACUUAUUCGAGCGAGAGGGCAGAGCAAAUCCCACCAAGAGAUUACGAAAGAUGACCUGAUACGAGCAGCGGGCAAGUUGAAAGUCUUUGGCAACGGUUUCAACGUGAUACCCAUGGGCAAAGACAAGUACAUGGUGCAAUCAGUGCCGGGGGAAUUAAGCAUGGACCAUUCGACGAUACUGCAACAAGCUGAGAAGAACCAGGCUUGCUUAUCGGUGUCUUAUCUGCAGAAGAACUUGAACUGGGAGACGGAGAGAAGUCGCAACGCUCUGGAACAUAUGGUGAACCAGGGGCUAGCUUGGAUCGAUCUCCAGAGUUCCCAAGAUAAACUUUACUACUUUCCUAGUCUGUUUACUGCCUGCGUUAAUGCUUGAAAAUAAUAUAAUUGUAUACUUUGCA